CUCUUUCUUUUUUCUAAUCGUAAAACUUUAGAUAUUGGAUACUAAUAAUAUGUGAAUAUUAUAAUAUUCUAAGCUUUAUACUUCUUAAUUAUUUCUAGCUUGUUAUUCAUGCCUAAAUAAAUUAUAUAUAUAUUUUUAUGUAGAGUUGGCUUAUACAAUGAAAGUAGAUGAGAGAUGUGACAUUUAUAGUUUUGGGGUGCUAACAAUGGAAAUACUUAUGGGGAGGCAUCCUGGUGAUUUGAUUUCAUGUUUGUCAUCAUCAACAUCAACAUCAGUGCCAAAUGAUAACCAACAGAUUUUACUUAAAGAUGUGAUAGACCAACGUCUCCCACCACCGGUAAGGCAAGUUGCAAAGGAUGUUGUCUCUACUACAAGGCUAGCAUUUGCAUGCUUGAAUGGCAAUCCCCGACUUCGGCCAACCAUGGAACAGGUUGCUCAAGCCCUUAGCCAUCAAUCACUUCCAUUGCCCAAUCCUUUCUCAAUCAUAAAAUUGGGAGAAGUAUGGGAUCAUGGAGUCUGCAGUGCUUAAUAAUAAGGUACUAACAAUUUGAAUAAUAAUUCUGGGCACGUGUAUUUGCUUUCAAUCUAUUUCUUUUUUUUCUGCUUUGUAUUGAAAAUGUUUAAGCACUCUAAUGAUAAAGCUUUUGUAAAGAAUCAGCUGUGAUAUAGAACAAC